AUGGUUCUGAUGGGGGACGUGGUGUUUGUGGUGCAGAGCCAGAGGAACCCAUACCACACACGGCGGGCAGAGCAGAGGAGAGAAGCCAUCCUCCAUCAGGCACAAAGCCAACAGCAGAGUUCGCCCGCUGUUUUGCUUCUCCACGAGUUGUCCGAGUCUGAUGAAAACUGGGGGAUUCUCCCGGCGUUACCUCACUUGAGCACCCACUGUGGUGGAAGAUCAUGGAUUUUUUUCUUGGAUGAGGAGACCAACGUGCAUCUCCAGAGGCUGAUCCAGACCCUGGGCCGGUUUGAUGCCCAACAGGAAUGGUUCCUCGGUCGGUGUCUCCAUGACGACGAGCCUACCAUCAUACACCACUUUGCCUUCUCCGAUAACCCCUCCAUCUUCCGCUUCCCCGACUUUGUGGCCGGCUGGGCCCUGAGCUGCCCGCUGGUCAAGAGACUCGCCGAGGCCAUCAGUCAGGAGCCCCCCAGAUCUGACUUUACCAUCGACCUCAAACAUGAGAUUGCUCUGUACAUCUGGGCUGAGGGAAGAGGACCCGCUCUGACCUGUGUGAGGGAGCUUUGCCCCGCCCUGAGUGACUCUCCACACGCUGGCUCCUGUGCCACCGCUGUCACCAGGCAUCAGCCCUCCUGUGGAGAGCCAGUGAGAAGGGAGGACGUUUUUGUCGCAGUGAAAACCUGCCAGAGAUUCCACUCAGAUAGAGUUACGGUGGUUAAGAGGACCUGGGAAAAAGAUGCUGCCUUUUUGGAGUACUACAGUGAUGUUUCUGACCCCACAAUACCAACUGUUGAUUUAGGAGUUCCCAACACUGAGAGAGGACACUGUGCAAAAACGUUCGCCAUCCUUCAGCGCUUUGGCAGUGGUUCUGUGAGUCAUGCUGAUUGGUUACUCAUUGUGGAUGAUGACACGCUCAUCAGCUUGCCCAGACUGAGGAGACUGUUGAGUUGCUACGAUCCCCGGGAGGCAGUUAGCCUUGGAGAUCGCUAUGGUUACGGCCUGAGCCAGGGCGGUUACAGCUACAUCACAGGCGGAGGAGGGAUGGUGUUCAGUAGAGAGGCGGUGCUCAGGCUUCUGUCCAGCGGCUGUGGCUGUUACAGUGCCGAUGCUCCAGAUGACAUGGUUCUGGGGGUGUGUCUGAAACAACUGGGCUUAACAGUGACUCACAGUUCACUUUUUCACCAGGCACGACCCAGCGAUUACCCGCGGGAGAUCUUGACACGGCAAAUGUCGAUCUCCUUCCACAAACACUGGAACAUCGACCCUGUUACAGUGUACCAGCAGUGGCUGAUGGACAGGGAGGACUGGACACAGGGAGGGGAGGCCAGAGAGGAGUUAUAG